AUGCCGCUGAACCUUGUCACCUCCACCCCCUUCUCGGUCAAUGACAUCCUGAGGCUGGAGCCAGAGCAGAUAGAUCCCCACUUCUUGAGACUCCGGGAGGCACGGGGGAGCCCUGAACGUUUUCAGUGCCAGCGACUGGUCCCAGAACCGCAAAAGUCAGAGGUUCACAGCACCUGCAGUGUCCGCGGGGGAAACAGAAGGCAGAACGAGUCAGGGUCUCCUGGUGGUCCCCCUGAGACGGUCGCAGAGAUGGACUCAGAACGGGUGGAGGAGCCACAGCCGGGCCUCGGCGCAGCCUCGCCCCUCCGCGGCGGGACCAGGGGCCCGGAGCUCGGCGUCGGCGACCCCGGCCACGGCACGGAGCAACCUAAGGCGCGCCAGCGGCGGAAGCCACGGGUGCUCUUCUCGCAGGCGCAGGUGGUGGCGCUGGAGCGGCGCUUCAAGCAGCAGCAGUACCUGUCGGCGCCCGAGCGCGAGCACCUGGCCGGCGCGCUGCAGCUCACGCCUACGCAGGUCAAGAUCUGGUUCCAGAACCGGCGCUACAAGUGCAAGAGACAGCGCCAAGACAAGUCCCUAGAGCUGGCGGGCCACCCCCUGGCGCCGCGCCGGGUGGCGGUGCCCGUGCUAGUGCGGGAUGGCAAGCCCUGCCUGGGCCCCGGGGCGCCGGCUUUCUCUGGCCCCUACAGCGCCGCCGCGGCGCCCUAUUCCUGUUACGGCGGCUAUGCGGGCGCUCCUUACAGCGCCGGCUACGGCGGCGGCUACGCGGGCGCGCCCCCGGGUUCCGCGCCGCCCGCUCCCCUGGCCAGCGCGGGCUUCGGCGGGGGUGGCCCCGGCGCCAGCCCGCAGAGCCAUCUGCCCGCCACGCUGCAGGGUGUCAGGGCCUGGUGA